GAAAUAUGGAAAACAGGAGAUCUCCGCUUAGGUCUGCGUUCAUAUAGUAGCCACUUCAGUUGCCUACAUACGAUUCAAGUUGACCUACCCCUAUUGACAACCUCCUUUUUGAAUCAGACAGGGUCAUCAUGUCAUCUCAAACUAAGACGAUAGUUGAUUUCCUAUGGCUGGAGAGCCUCAAAGGCUCUCCUACCACCUUGUCGACCCUAGUCGCCGUAGCCGUGGUUCUUUUCACAAUAAUUAUCUAUCAGGCUAUGUUUGCCACUGAUAUUCCUCACAUAAAAGGCCUCCCUGAGAUUCCUGGCGCAGUCCCGAUAUUUGGACAUCUACUCAAACUCGGGGAAGAUCAUGCCACUGUUUGUGAGAAGUGGUGGCGACAGUACAAUCAUUCGGUCUACCAGAUCGCCUUGGGGAACACGCGAGCCGUGGUAGUAAAUUCUUUUGAAGACUGCAAGAAAAUGCUUCUUGGAAACCAGAACGCGGUGAUCGACAGACCAAAACUGUACACAUUCCAUGGUGUCAUCAGCAGCACUCAAGGUUUUACCAUUGGCUCUUCCCCUUGGGACGAUUCUUGCAAGAGGAAGCGAAAAGCCGCAGGGACUGCACUUGGGAGACCGGCACUGCGCAAUUACCACCCCAUGUUUGAUUUGGAGAGCUAUUGCAUUCUUCGGGAUUUGAAAAAGGAUAGUCGCAAUGGCGAGAUUGAACUCGACAUUCGUCCUUACAUCCAAAGAUAUGCUCUCAACACGACUCUCACGCUUUGCUAUGGAAUUCGCAUGGACGCGGUUUAUGACGAAUUAUUACGCGAGAUUCUUCACGUUGGCUCCGCUAUUUCACUUCUGCGCAGUGCAUCUGAGAAUUAUCAAGACUACGUUCCGAUACUACGAUACGUGCCGAAUAACGAGAAGAACGCCCGAAGUAAAGAGCUUCGUGAUAGACGGGAUGCUUAUUUGAAUCUUCUUCUGGACAAGGUCCGAGACAUGAUCAAAGAAGGCACUGACAAGCCUUGCAUCGCAGCUGCUAUCCUGAAGGACGAGGAAACGAAACUUACUGGCGUUGAAGUCUCCUCUAUAUGCCUUUCGCUAGUAUCCGGGGGGUUCGAAACUAUUCCAGGAACUUGCACAUCUGCUAUUGGAUCGCUUGCGACUCCAGAGGGUCAGAUAUGGCAAGAUCGCGCAUACGAGGACAUUAAGCGCCAUUAUCCCGAUAUGCGUGAUGCUUGGACUAGUUGCUAUACGGAAGAAAAGAUUCCUUAUAUCAACGCAAUUAUCAAAGAAGCCGGCCGGUAUUAUACGGUCAGUGCUAUGAGUUUGCCGAGGAAGACCGUGACUGAGGUCAACUGGAAUGGUGCCAUCAUCCCACCCAAGACAAUGAUUCUAAUUAAUGCUCAAGCUGGCAACCACGAUGUUGAUCACUUCGGAGACGACGCAGGAAAAUUCAACCCGGAGCGAUGGCUGAAGAGCCUGGACCCUCCCCAAGAACGAGAGGUGAACGGUCUCGGCCACUUGAGCUUCGGAACCGGUUCUCGUGCAUGCUCUGGUCAAUACAUCGCCUCCAGACUUCUUUAUGCGGCCCUGGUGCGCAUCAUAUCUAGCUACAAGAUUGUUGCAAGCGAUGAAGCGCCCCCGAACACCGACUAUGUUGAUUAUAAUGCGAUCAAGACCGCGCUUGUAGCGAUCCCGCGAUACUUCAAAGUGAAGCUCAUUCCUCGGGACACGGCGAUGACGGCCGAAUGCCUAGAACUAGCGGAGCAGCGGACUAAGGAACACUACAAGGAGUAGAGGAGUCUUGAUAGUACUGUUGUCGUAAGGGAGGUCACAUGUGCAUUCUUUGGCACGUGAUUCUGCGGAAUAUUAGCAAGAAAGGUCUGAAAGCUACUAGGUGCCUACUACCUACUUAAUUCUCUCAUGGUGCUUGUUUGAAGUCGUGCUUUUCCCGUCAGUGCUCCAGUACGUGCGAAACCUAAUUUAUAGAGGAAUUCUAAUCAUCCAGGCU